AAUUUAUCACCAUAUGUCUCCCUUCUCUUAAAAGUCGACUCUAAACCUGUUGCCCAAACUGCAUCAGGAUGUCGACACAUUACUUGUUCCUUUCUCCAACUUAUAUUUUAUUUCUGUAACCAACCUAUCGAGAUUCUCGUACUUACCUCUUACGCAAAUCUCUCCACUUUUUUUCAUGAUCCCAACGAGAUCUUCUUCUUAGUCACCCAAUGUUCUUUGGAACUUGUUCCUGAGCCUCUCUCAGCAACAGAGUCCAUUUUGCAGAUAGUUCCCGACACAAUGGCUGCUUCAUCAUCAACCAUCCUCUGCAAUGCCUCCGAGUCAGACCCUUGUCGUGACGACUCCGCAGCGUUUCUACUGAAACUAGUAGCCAUUGCUUCGAUUCUCUUAUCUGGCGCUGCAGGUGUAUCUGUACCACUCAUAGGCAGAAACCGCCGGUUCCUUCAAACCGACGGCAGCCUCUUUGUAACCGCUAAAGCCUUUGCAGCAGGUGUGAUCCUCGCCACUGGGUUUGUUCACAUGUUAGCCGGUGGCACGGAGGCUUUGAAGAACCCGUGCUUACCGGAGUUCCCUUGGUCUAAGUUUCCUUUCCCGGGGUUCUUUGCUAUGGUUGCUGCUUUGAUCACUCUGCUUGUGGAUUUCAUGGGGACUCAGUACUAUGAGAGGAAGCAAGAGAGGGAAGCUGAUGAUGAUCAGUUGCAGGGUAUUGUUGUUCCCUUGCUUGGUGAAGGAGGAUGUAACGAUGAGAAAGUGUUUGGAGAAGAAGAUAGUGGUGGGAUUCACAUUGUUGGCAUUCAUGCUCAUGCUGCUCACCAUAGACACAGUCACCCUCAUGGUCAUGGUUCUUGUGAUGGUCACAGUAAAAUCGACAUUGGUCAUGGACACGGACACGUGCACGGUGGCUUGGAGCUUGGAAGUAGUGCAAGGCAUGUUGUUGUUUCUCAGGUUUUGGAGCUUGGGAUCGUGUCACACUCCAUUAUCAUCGGCAUAUCACUUGGAGUAUCUCAAUCUCCAUGCACAAUCCGUCCUCUAAUCGCAGCACUAUCAUUCCACCAGUUCUUUGAAGGGUUUGCGCUAGGUGGAUGCAUCUCCCAAGCGCAGUUCAGGAACAAGUCAGGGACCAUAAUGGCAUGUUUUUUCGCCCUCACGACGCCCAUAGGGAUCGGGAUUGGGACUGCUGUGGCGUCGUCUUUCAACUCUCACAGCGUUGGAGCGUUGGUCACGGAAGGUAUCUUGGAUUCGCUGUCGGCAGGGAUACUUGUGUACAUGGCUUUGGUGGAUCUUAUAGCUGCUGAUUUCUUGAGUAAGAGGAUGAGUUGUAACUUUAGGCUUCAGAUUGUUUCUUAUUUGAUGUUGUUCCUUGGAGCUGGACUCAUGUCUUCUCUUGCUAUUUGGGCUUAGAUUGUGAGAUUCUUUAGAUGCUACAAACAAUGUGUAUAGUUCUAGAAUAAUCAAAUCUCGGAUGAGUUAUUCUUUCUUCUGUUGAUUCUUUCCUCUUA